AUGGCAGUGCAGCAAAAUGUUCAAGGCUUGACUACAGGUGGUGCAAGACAAUUUGCAACCCCCGGGCCGGGCUUUGCUGCUGUCGCCUUGUUUGGCAUUUCCCGAGCUGGCCAGCCCAGGAUGAGCCCGACAGCAAGCAGCCAGCUCCUGGCUGAGCAGCAUACCUUCAAGCAGGCGGCGCUCCGCGAAUGGGGCGCGGGGACCAGAGCAGCCGUUGCUGGCGGCGCGCACAAAGCCCAGAGAAACACCAGAAGGGAGUGCUGGCCACGUCCCCAGCAGCUGUUGCGGGCGGCGCGCACAAAGCCCAGAAAUAUACAAGAAGGGAGUGCUGGCCGCGUCCCCAGCGGUCCACUGCGCGAGUCGGCCGCAGGUCCUGCAGAUCCGGUUGGCGAAAUCGUUCGGCUGGGUCCAGAAUCUGCCAUCGCCACCCUUCAGUCUUCUGGUACGUUCAAGGUUGCCGGACAGUUCAGCCAGACUGAGCUCACCUCCGACCGUUACUUUCUUGGCGGGCCAGAGGUCAACCACCGUCGAGAGAGCGGAGCGCUCACCAACCGCUCGGUGUGGCUUGGUAGCGUGCGCAUCGCCGAGACGCAGGGUGAUCAAAAACGGCAGCCAGCCCCGAUCUCCUGGCGCGUUUGGAGAGGCCGGCUGAAGGGUGGGGGCUACCGUGACUGGGGACGGCUGUGGAUGGCACUAGCUCCCUACCCCAGAAGCUCAAUCAAUGGAGGCCGGGGCAGAGACAAGCAACCCGACGACAGCAGCAUAUCCGAGGAACCGCAGCAUCAAACGGCACCGGGACCAGGCAUCAUCAGCAUCAUCAGCAUCAUCAGCAUCACCAGCAUCGUCUGCACCAACACCAACACCAAUACGCUGAGAGCAACUGUGCUAUCGAAAGCCUUUGGGGACAGUGCAUCGAAUCAUCGCAUCAGCUAUUUCAUCCGGUUCAUGGCGAGGGUGUUGGUAUCCGAGUUUGAAGAGGAUUUGGACCAGGCCAUAGUUUGGGGAGGCGAGGGUCUGAGGCAGGCUAGGCUCCAAGGGCGUAGACUCCUCAAAGGCGGCCUUGUCUUGGAGGAGUUCGAGGGCGUCGAAGUAGACUGGGUGUCGGGGAUCGGGGAGGCGAGAGAGUCGGGUGUCGUAGGGUUCGCCGCGGCCGGUAGAAGUAAAGUCCUUUUGGGCCUCUACACCCCAGCUAGUGUCGAUUGUCGUAUACUGUCGGGGGCAGCUGGUGUCGAUGUUGGUGUAGAGGCUUGUCCUAUUGAACGUUAG